AUGUUCACUGGACUUGUUGAAACUAUAGGAGAAGUCUUGGAAUACAAGCAAUUAGAUGAGUCACAUAGUGGUGGUAAUGGAGUUAGUAUUACCAUUGGAAAAUGUCUGUCAAUACUUGAUGAUGUCCAUCUUGGAGAUUCCAUCAGUACUAAUGGUGUAUGUCUUACAGUGACUGAAUUCGAUAAUGAAAAAACUAAAUUCAAAGUUGGUGUAGCACCUGAGACACUUAGAAAGACUAAUUUAGGAGAUUUGAGUUCUGGAUCUAAAGUUAACUUAGAAAGAGCCGUGACCAGUGAUGUCAGGUUAGGUGGUCAUGUUGUGCAAGGACAUGUCGAUACUAUCGCCAGUAUAGUUGAUAGAAAAAGUGAUGGGAAUGCCAUAACAUUUACAUUUGAAUUAAGAGAUAAAGAGUUUAUUAAUUAUAUUGUUCAUAAGGGAUUCAUUGCUGUUGAUGGUACUUCGCUUACUGUUACUAAUGUUGAUUAUGAUAAGUGCCAGUUCUCUAUAAUGAUGGUGGCAUAUACUCAAUCUAAAGUUGUUUUACCUUUGAAGGAGUUGAGUGAGACCGUCAACAUUGAAGUCGAUUUGACUGGGAAAUUGAUAGAGAAGCAAAUAGAAUUGAAUCUAGCUGGUCAAAUGAAGAAUGAUCAGAGUCCUUUGGUGCAAUUGAUUUCCCAAUUAGUUAAUGUCAAAGUUGAAGAGAUACUUAAGAAAAGUUAG